AUGGCGGUGGUUUUGGGUGCUUUGGCAUCAUACGUGACCAACAUGCUCGCCAAAAUGGCAAGCGAAGACAUAGCCAUGAUGAUCGGGGUCUCUAGUGGGAUCGAUGAACUAGACGCCAAGCUCAGGGAUCUCAAGAAUGUUCUUGCCAAUGCCGAUAGGAGGACCAUCACCGACGAGAGUGUGCGGGGGUGGGUGGAGGAACUGAAGCGUGCCAUGUACCAGGCCACCGACAUCAUCGACCUAUGCCAGCUCAAGAUCAUGGAGCAAGGUCCAUCCACGGACACGGGGUGCCUUCACGCGCUCCUCUUUUGCAUCCGAAAUCCCCUGCAUGUCCAUGGUAUCGGCACCCGCAUCAAGAACCUCAAUCAAAAGUUGGAUGACAUCUGCAAGUGGGGUGGCAGUUUCAAUUUCAUCAAGCUAGAAGCCUACCAAGACCGGAAGGCAACUCGAUCUCUUGCCACUGAUCGCAAAACAGAUUCAUUGAUGGAGAGGUCGGGUGCGGUUGGCGAGAAGAUCGAGGAGGACACAAGAGCACUUGUGGAGGUGCUUACAAGGGAGGCAGUUGGUGACAAGGUUGAUCACCUCAUGGUGGUCGCCAUUGUUGGUGUAGGCGGGAUUGGCAAGACCACUCUCUGCAAGAAGGUAUUCAAUGAUGAGGCUAUCGAAGGCAAGUUCGCUAAGAAGAUAUGGCUUAGCAUCACACGAGAUUUCAACGAUGUUGAAUUGUUGAGUACGGCCAUCACUGCUGCUGGCGGAGACUUGCCUGGAGUGGGUGGGGCUCGAGACAAGGCCCUACUUGUCGUUGCUCUCAUGAAUGCCAUCAAGGACAAAAAAUUCUUUCUUGUACUAGAUGACACUAGCGUGUAG